AGAUGGUCGUUGUGCAAUGGCUGUAAAUCCCACCAACUUAAUGUUUCCACAAAGUAAAUUGGACUUUAUGGUUUGUGGUGUUACCCAAGUACACUAUACACCUGUAACAAAUAUGUGCGUUUCUACUUUGGAAAAUGGUGAUAUAGUUUUUCUCGAUACCAGAGAAUUGCACUAUGAAUGUCCUGUGGGUAAAAAAUUCGGUGAAAGGCGUAUGCUUUGUGCCAUGGAUGUUAAGAAGUUAGAUGGAAAACCUUUGGCUAGACUACCCAAAGGAAAUGAAAAGAAUCUUAACGUUAAAGUACCCACCGAAUGGUCAAUGCAUGAUGAGAAUUACAAAGAAAAAUAUGGUUUAGUAUUUGAACCAUUGCUAAAGCUUAAGGAAGAACAUAAAAACGCCUAUUUAAGUGAAAAGAGAUGUCCGCCUACGAAUAUUAUACCUUUAAUGCGUAUUAAUACGUUACGUUGUAAUUUAAAUCUAAAUGCUAAAAACUUAAUUGCUGUGGGAUAUGAAAAUGGUUUCUUACGUUUAGUAAAUUUUAAUAAGGAAAGGGAUAUUUGCUAAAAUUGGUAAAAAAAACUGUUUAAAAAUGUAUAUAAUGUAGAAAAUGCAGUAAUAUUAUUUAAACAAAUAGAAAAUUUCUGUUACUUUUUAUUUGUUUUUAAUAAUUCUUUUACAAAAGAAGCAGACAAGCUUUUUGUCUUAAAUUUAAAAUUGUUGA